AGGCAGCGUGGGGAGGGGGAGAAAGACCAUCUUUCGGUUGAAAUCGGAGCCGGGUGACUUCACCUUGAAGCGGGGGAGCUCGGUGGACCUCAGCGGCCAGCUCCGCAUCAGCCCCUGCCGGCCCGCCGGCCCCGCUCCCCGCGGGGUACUCGCGCGCCGGCUGGACCCGCCCCGAGCUCCAUGGUUCGCCCAGCCCUGCGCGAUGGGGACUCGGGGCGCGGAGGCUGGCGCGGGGCGAGCCCGCCGCGCACGGCAUGAAGGCGGGGAGCGCGGCUGGCGGCGGGCGGGGGCUGGCUCGGCGACCCGGGCUCCCGGAGAAGCGGCCCAACCGCCUGAACCCCGAAAACGCCAACAAGUAGUUUCUCGUUGGAGAAGGGCGGAUCGGUUGGGUGUCAGCAUCCAACCCGGCUGCCCCGACAACCUCGUCCACUCGGAACCCAAGCAAGAACCACUUUUCUCUCGGUCUCGUUAAGUCAUGUCUGAGCCACAGAGAUGGGCAAGAUCGAGAACAACGAGAGGGUGAUCCUCAAUGUCGGGGGCACCCGGCACGAAACCUACCGCAGCACCCUCAAGACGCUGCCCGGCACGCGCCUGGCCCUGCUGGCCUCCUCCGAGCCCCAGGGCGACUGCUUGACGGCUGCGGGCGACCGGCUGCACGGGGGGUCGCCCCCGCCCCUGUCGCCGCCGCCGCCGCCGCCCCCGCUGUCCCCGGGCCCGGGCGGCUGCUUCGAGGGCGGCGCGGGGAACUGCAGCCCCCGCGGCGGCGGCGGCGGCGGCGGCAGCGGCGACCCCGUCGGGGGCGGCCGCGAGUUCUUCUUCGACCGGCACCCCGGAGUCUUCGCCUAUGUGCUCAACUACUACCGCACCGGCAAGCUGCACUGCCCCGCCGACGUGUGCGGGCCGCUCUUCGAGGAGGAGCUGGCCUUCUGGGGCAUCGACGAGACGGACGUGGAGCCGUGCUGCUGGAUGACCUACCGGCAGCACCGCGACGCCGAGGAGGCCCUGGACAUCUUCGAGACCCCCGACCUCAUCGGCGGCGGCGACCCUGGCGACGACGAGGACCUGGCGGCCAAGAGGUUGGGCAUCGAGGACGCUGCGGGCCUGGGGGGCCCCGACGGCAAGUCCGGCCGCUGGAGGAGGCUGCAGCCCCGCAUGUGGGCCCUCUUCGAGGACCCCUAUUCGUCCAGAGCCGCCAGGUUCAUUGCUUUUGCUUCUUUAUUCUUCAUCCUGGUUUCAAUCACAACCUUUUGCCUGGAGACACAUGAAGCUUUCAACAUUGUUAAAAACAAGACAGAACCUGUCAUCAACGGCACAAGUGUUGUUCUGCAGUACGAAAUUGAAACGGAUCCUGCCUUGACGUAUGUAGAGGGAGUGUGUGUGAUAUGGUUUACGUUUGAAUUUUUAGUCCGUAUUGUAUUUUCCCCUAAUAAACUUGAAUUCGUCAAAAAUCUCCUGAACAUCAUUGACUUUGUAGCCAUCCUACCCUUCUACUUAGAGGUGGGCCUCAGCGGGCUCUCAUCCAAAGCUGCGAAAGACGUUCUUGGAUUCCUUAGGGUGGUCAGGUUUGUGCGGAUACUGAGAAUCUUCAAGCUUACCCGACAUUUUGUAGGACUGAGGGUGCUUGGACACACUCUUCGAGCUAGUACUAACGAGUUCUUGCUGCUGAUCAUCUUCCUGGCUCUCGGAGUCUUGAUAUUUGCCACCAUGAUCUACUAUGCCGAGCGAGUAGGGGCUCAACCUAAUGACCCUUCGGCGAGUGAGCACACACAGUUCAAGAACAUUCCUAUUGGGUUUUGGUGGGCUGUGGUGACCAUGACUACCUUGGGCUACGGGGACAUGUAUCCCCAGACUUGGUCAGGGAUGCUGGUGGGAGCCCUGUGUGCUCUGGCUGGAGUGUUGACAAUAGCCAUGCCAGUGCCUGUCAUCGUGAACAAUUUCGGAAUGUACUACUCCUUGGCAAUGGCGAAGCAGAAACUUCCAAGAAAAAGAAAGAAGCACAUUCCUCCGGCUCCUCAGGCAAGCUCGCCCACCUUUUGCAAGACAGAAUUAAAUAUGGCCUGCAACAGCACACAGAGUGACACGUGCCUGGGUAAAGAAAACCGGCUUCUGGAACAUAGCAGAUCAGUGUUAUCAGGUGACGACAGUACAGGAAGUGAGCCGCCAUUAUCACCCCCAGAAAGGCUCCCCAUCAGACGCUCUAGUACCAGAGACAAAAACAGAAGAGGGGAAACAUGUUUUCUACUGACAACAGGUGAUUACACGUGUGCUUCUGAUGGAGGCAUCAGGAAAGUAUAUACUGAAUAUUGCCUGGCUCAUUGAAGACACUUAAAUAUUUGUCGAAUGAAUACAUUUUGUUGGCUGAGGAUAUAAAGAAUACUAGAGCUCCACUCCAUCACAUGAUUCUGUUUUCAUUGAUUAUGCCUCUUUAACUCUUCCCUAGGUGCUGCUUUUUUAAUUUUCUUUUGAGUAAAAUUUAGCUGUCUUAGAGCUAUUGGGCCCUUUUCCUUGUCCUUAAUAAAUUAUUUGCGUACAAGUCACCUUUGUCAAAAGGCCAGUUUGCUCUUUGAUUACCUUCAUCUUUGUUGUCUCUAGUUGCUUUGUUGCUAAAAUUAUUUUUCUGUGCUAAUUGAGAUAAUAGUGAAAAGUCUAUAAUUUCUUAUGCAACGGAAUGAAUUUAAAUGAAAAGACACUUUCAUGUUAGCUAUUGUCAAAAAUAUUGUGCUUAUUUGCUAUUCAUUGUAGUUUCUCCCUCUGAACACUUAUCUACUGUUAAGUCUAUAAUAUUUCUUUUGUGACUCACUGUUCAUUUAAAAUAUCUCAUUGCCAUGUUAUACUUCUCUUUCAUUUUCUCUGAACCCUUUCUCUUGUCCUUUCUUCUACAUGUCUUUGAGUAUCAAAGAGCAAUGAAACUCUUCUUUUGUCUCUGCAAGGUGUGAUAUUUUAAAUGCUACUUCAUUUUGAUUACUUUCAUUCUCUGCAUCUAUGCUGUACAACAAAAUGUAGUUCAAUGAUCUGAAUAGGUUUGUUAGCUAUUUUAAAUUUAAGCAUUAUAUAGAAAUAAUUUUUGAAUAUUUUAUGAACAUAGGUAAUAUACUAUUGUAGUAUUUAGACAAAGUUAAGAACAUCAAAUAAUAUCUAACCAAUGAUAUAUUAUAUUUAUAUAUUUUAGCAAACUGUAUAUGCAUGUAUAUAUGUUUAUAUGUAGUAUGUGGUUGAUUAUAAGUAUUUUUGAGCAUUACUUAAAGUAUCAUGUGAAAUAGUUACACCAAGAGUACAUGUUUCAGGAGUUAUCUAGAACUUUUCUCUUCCAUGCUAGACAAUAGUUUGAAUUUUAAACUGUCAAGGAGAUUAAAGAUGGAAAAAGACUAUGCAAAUUAUAAGGUUCUAUGUGAAGAUAUAGAAUUUUUUUUGUAAAGUGGCAUUUAAUGAGCAAAGCAAUUAAUAAGAUAUUUAGUGUGUAUGAAAAGUUGUCUCACAAAUAUAACUGAUUUAUCAAAGAGAGCAUCAUGGAAAAUUUAUAAUUCUUUUAUUCUGUCAUUUCUCACUAAAAUUAACUUCUUUUUCAUUCUUGCUUAAUUCUUUUGCAGCUUUGCUUUUUCCCCCCAUUAGAUCUGGUAACAUUUCUGGCUGACUUCACCUAAUCUCUGUGUGUUAUCUUGUCAUGUCUUUCAGGACUUCAUCAUUUCUCACUCUCUCUCAUUUUAUGCAGAUGAUAGAUUUCUUCUAUUUCUACCAUUUAACCACCAUGUGAAAUCUUGUUUUAUCAUUCAAGUUGUCUACUAAUUUGAUUGUAGAAUUCUUAAUAUUCUCCCCUAUAUAAAUAGAAAGAAAUGACUAUUUCCAUUGAACUCCUUUUUAUGGUCAUAUAUACUGAUAGUAUAUUAUAACAAGUAUUAGUAUGUUUCUAUCUAUAGUUGGGAAACAAUAAGAACACAUAUGAAUUCCCUAAAAGUGCAAGUUCUCAAUAUGUAGAGUUGAUAUUCAUAUUUAUGCAGAAUAUUUAUUAGGAAAACAUCACAAACAAAAAAUAAUGCUCACUGACUGUAUUCAGAUAAGCAAUUUCAAUACUACUUCAAAUAAACUCAUACUGUUAAGAACAGUAUAAAAUGUAGAAUAUAUUUAUAAAUUAGCACAAAGUUCAAUAUUAUUUAUUCUCAGAAACUAUGUUUUUGGCCAUUCUAUUCAGUAAAAGUAAGAUUAGGAAAUUUUAAACCAAUUUUCUUGUUGCAAUUAAAGACUAAAUAAGAAAUGAAUUUAUAUGAAUAACCUAAUUUUACUGAUUUACUAAUUAUUACUAAGUUAAUAUAUUUUCAAAUGAAUACUGAGAUUAUGUUUAUUAAAAAUAAAAUGGUAUGCAUCUAAAAUUUAUAGUCUUUGAUUAAAAAACUGAUUCAAAAAUAAUUGAACAUCUGUCACAGUAAUUGAUUUACAUAAAGCUAGGGAUAAUAAUAUAAAACAAUGAAACAUGUUUGACUUCCUGGUGACUCUUGGAUACUGUUGAGAGAAGAUGUACAUUUCCUAUAUAUAUGCUUAAUUCUUUUGCAGCUUUGCUUUCCCCCUGCCCCCUUAGAUUUGGUAGCAUUUCUGAGUAACUUCACCUAAUCUUUGUUUUUUUGGUUUUUGGUUUUUGGUUUGUUUUUUUUUUUUUUUGCUUUUUGGGUCACAACUGGCGAUGCACAGGGGUACAAGGGUUACUCCUAGUUCUUCACUCAGGAAUUACUCCUGGCAGUGCUCUGGGGACCAUAUGGGAUGCUGGGAAUCAAACGCGGGUUGGCUUCGUGCAUGACAAACGCCCUACCCGCUGUGCUAUUGCUCUAGCACCAUCUUGUCUUUUCUUAUAAAAAUUAUUGAUAGCAUCCUGUCUGAUUCAUGCAUAUUUAACCUGUUUUUAAAAUCUAAAUCAUUUUAGAGUCUAGUUUAUAUUUUUAUUUUAUACAGACAAUUAGAAAAAGUUAUUUCAAAAAUUCUCCAAAUUGUGUGUCCAAUCCAUUUACAGGAUAACAGUUACAAGUAUCCUUCCAACCAUGCUAUGAAGUCAAUUUAAUAACAAACUAAAUACAACUAGAACUAUUUAAGAUAUCCUCCCAAUAACUAUUUACUCAUUAAUGAGGAGAAAAAAGCGCACAAAGCAACUCCUGUUUUAACCUUAAAAUAUUAACAAAACAUAAUGUUAGAUCAUUUUCUCAGUAGCAGAAAUUGUUUCCUAGAGAAGUUUACCACAAGUGCAGAAAUGUCAACCAAAAUAUACAAGAAGACAUUUUGUGUGCUGGAAGUUUGUGUGUAUUUACAUUGAGAAUGAGUACUACAGAAAAAUGUGUAUAUGAAUGCUCAUAAAUCAAAACAACAGUAAAUUUCUUAGAUAAGUUCUCCUUUCAUGAAUUCUUCCAAGAAAAUCCCAUAAAAAUAUAUUAAAAAGAAAAGUAGCUUGGAGGACCACAAAAUUAGAAAGUAAAGUAAUAAAAAGGAAAAAAAGAAGAUUAAAUUGUUUUUAAUUCCAGGCAGGGGAGAGUCAACUAAUAAUAUCAUACAAUCAAAUUCUGACUUAAUUUUACUGAAAUUAUGACUCAAUAUAUUUCACUCAUUUUUGAAGUCUUUUUUUCUUUCUUUUUUAGUUCAGGGCUUAGGAAUGGACUUUCUCUGUAUAGUCACUAAAUAAUGGCAUUAUUUAUUAAUGUCAUUAUUUGAGAUCCAUCCUAUUAACACUAUAAAUCAUAAAGAUUAUAAAAAGUGGAAAAAGACUUGUUAAAGUUAAGCAUGCUUAGGGAGCAGAGAGAUAGUACAGAGGGUGGGGAUGCUUGCCUUGCAUGUGGCUCACCCAGUUUCAUACCUGGCACCCAACAUGGUUCCUCUGAGCCCUGCCAGGAGUAAUCCCUGAGCGAAGAGCCAGAAAUAAGGUCUGAGCACAGUUGGGUGUGGCCCCCAAACUAAAACAAAUUAAACAAAAUAGAAGAAUAAAAAGAGAGAGAAAAAAAAGAAUGUUAAGCAUGGCUUAAUAGUUUGGUAAAUAAUGAAAAACUAAAAGACAAAAGUUAGACUAUUAGUUCUUUUAGGAACUUCUAAAUUUAAAAUUUUUAACCAGCUUAUAUCUUACUUAAGUUGCUUUGCUUAAUUUUUAAGAGUUCUGGUGUAGUAUAAACCAAAUUCACAUCAAUAUAAACUAUAAUCUAGGAAAACAUAGGUUUUGAAUUAUUGGCACUGUAAUUUGUGAUUUUUACAAUUUUGGAAAUGGCAGCUAGAGUAAAUUUACUCUUUUGUAGUAAGUUUUAACUUACUCUUACAGUAAAUUUACUCUUUUGGAAGUGAUGGAUAUGGUAAACAUUUUUAGUUAUAAAUUACUUCAAUAUUGAUUUAUUUGUAAACAAAUUUUUUUAGUUAAAAUGAUAGUACUUUUUCUUACCCUGCAUGGUGUUGUUUGUCUACUUUCUGGUUGAAUUCAACUGAUAUCUGUGCAUUUUUUCAUAAAAGGAUAUGAAAAAUCCAGAAGCUUAAACAACAUAGCGGGCUUGGCAGGCAAUGCUCUGAGGCUCUCUCCAGUCACAUCACCCUACAACUCUCCUUGUCCUCUGAGGCGCUCUCGAUCUCCUAUCCCAUCUAUCUUGUAA